AUGAAUUGUCUUCUCGCCAUCUAUCUAUUCACAGGGAAGGACACACCACAAAACGAUCGCUUGGCUGUUAUGAGCAACACUUUCGUACCCAUAAAUGAGAUGUACACUUUGAAACAUAGUUCGGCCUUCCCGGAUCCCCCGAAACGUUCCGACGUGUACAAGACGUAUGUCGAUGUCCAAGAGCCCGGCACAUAUGUUACCGUUUAUUGCUCAAAAAAAUGGAAAAGCGAUGAAAUCCGUAUGCAACUGUGGGACAGCCGUGAUAAACUCUCAAAUCAUGAGAGAGGAGACCCUAUCUCAAGGUCUAAGGCAGAAGCUAGCUGCUUAAGUCUCAUCAAUUCAUUGCCCAAGGAUAAAUCACAGACAGACAAAAUUCAUAGCAAAACUCUUAUAGAAACUGGCAAGUGCACUAAGAAAACCUUGGUAGAUCUAGCCUUCCAGUGUAAAUUUAAUUCUAUCGGUCCUCAUCUUACCAACUCAGAAGAAUUUUUUAAUUAUCGUCCCACUAUUAGCUUUGAUGAUCCCAUAGAAAUGUCGAGUCUGGUUAUAGAUGGAAAAUUCAUCAACACAGCGGAAGUAAGAGAUAAUGAACUUGCACUUGCUUGGUCUAACGGUAAUAUCCACCUCUUUAUGAGUUCUUCGGAUAAGAAAGAAUGGUAUACAAAGUCAUCUAUAGUCUAUACUCCACAGAAUGGGGAACUAAUUACCGGUUUUCUAUUGAGAACUAAUCCACAAAUCAGUAAGGCCUGGAAGGAAUCGACUCCAGGUAUCUCUUACAUCCCAAACACUGGAUCAUCAAAGCUCUACGAAGUAAAAGGACGAGUCCCCAUACUCGGGACUAAACUCAAGGGGUCCAUACUGGCGGUGGAUAAACUUCCCUCGAGCGACGCUACAGGCUUCCUAUCUGGCCGAAUAUGUAAAUAUUCUGGCGAUGUUCAUGAGUGA